UCUCCUGGACAGGCAGAGCUCCCAAUUUAGGGGUUUAUUCCUUGGGAUAAAAACUACACAUUUUCUGGAUGUACCUUCCAUUUCCCUGAUGAAAGUUAGAAGCUUUACUUCUAACCUCUGGAUGGGCUGAGAAAAAAAUUCUCAGCUUCCGGAUCCCAGCUAUACUACUGCAGAAAAAUUUCUGGAUUCAGAAUAAGCUCUGGUGGAGAUGGCAGGUUGCUCCAGUUUCCCUCUCUCUAGCUGCCUCAUCAUCCUUCUCUCUCUCCAGCUGCCCACAGAGGGAUCAGGAAAAGUUGGCAAGAGGAAUUUCGUCAUUCUGGGGACAAAAGCUGAGCUGCGCUGUCCUCUAUCCACCUGGAUGAUCCGUGAGCCUAUAGAGGUGAAAUGGCUACGGACCCAGAAAUCCCGGGCUUUCCAGGCUGUUCACAUAUAUCGGAAUGGGCAAGAUUUACAUGGAGGGCAGAUGCCACAAUACAAAGGGAGAACAGCUUUGGUGAACGACAGCCAGGAAGACAAUUUCAUUCUGGAGAUUUAUAACGUCCGACUUGAAGAUGAAGGGCUGUACUAUUGUCAGAUCCAGGCUGGCUCUCAGAGCAAAAACGCUACUGUGGAACUAAAGGUUGCAGCGCUGGGCUUGGAUCCUUAUAUUCAUAUGAAAAGCUAUGAAGUUGGACAGAUUCAGCUGGUGUGCAGAUCCCUGGGAUGGUUCCCAAAGCCUGAGCUUAAAUGGAGAGAUACUCAUGGGGAGAUACUUCCAUCAGAGACCGAAUACCUGGAUAAAGAGGGACUAUUCCAAAUGGAGGCUUCUGUUACUGUGAGUGAUAGCUCUUCAGGAAAUGUGACCUGCUCUAUUUGGAAUGAUGCUCUUGGCCAAGAGAAGAGAACAGCUCUAUUCAUAGCAGCUUUUCCCUCCUUGCAUGUUGCCCCCUCAACAGUGGGUCUGGCUGUGAUUCUGCCUAUCCUGGGGCUCCUCAUUACAUUGGGUAUUUAUAUCAUAUGGAAGCAACGCAGAUCUAGAGAGAAGCUUCUUUACCAACAAGUGGUAGAGAUAGAAAAUCUUCUCUCAGACCAUGGGAAAGAGAAAGGGAGACUUCAUAAAGGACUCAAGAAACAUCGGGCUGAGCUCAAAUUGAAAAGAACUGCAGCGAAUGCAGGCUGGAGAAGAGCCAGACUACACAUGGUGGAUGUGACUUUGGAUCCAGACACAGCUCAUCCCAAACUCUUCCUCUCUGAGGAUCUGAGGAGUGUGAGGCUUGGGGACAAACGACAGAAUGUUCCUGACAACCCCAGGAGAUUUGACUUUGUUGUCAGUGUCCUAGGGCUUCCAAGCUUUACAUCCGGCUGCCAUUACUGGGAGGUGUGUGUAGGAGACAAAACCAAGUGGGUCCUUGGGGUCUGCAGUGAGUCAGUGAGCAGGAAGGGAAAGAUCACAGCAUCGCCCGCAAAUGGACACUGGCUGUUGCGUCAGAGUCGGAUGAAUGAGUAUGAAGCCCUUACAUCCCCGCAGACUUUCUUCCGCCUAAAAGAGAGCCCCCGGCGCGUGGGGAUUUUCCUGGACUAUGAAGCUGGAUUUGUCUCCUUUUACAAUGCAACCAACAAAUCUCACAUCUAUACGUUCAUCCAUGCUUUCUCUGGCCCACUGUGCCCUUUCUUUGAGCCUUGCCUCCUCGAUGAAGGGAAAAAUGUGGCUCCUUUAAUCAUUUGUUCAGGAAAACAAAGCUCUGAGGAAUUCAUUUACUCUAACCUUUCUUCUGAGACAACAAAAGGAGAAAAACUGGCUUUAGGUAAUGGGAGCGUACCCACGAAGGCAGACCAGGCACCGAAUCCUUACCUCCUCCAGGACGUUAUGUUGUCCUGGUCCUCUGAUGACAUGCCAGCCCUUCAGGAACUCAGGGUCCCAUACUUUUAGUAAGGUGUCUGUCUCCUCAUGAUGCUUCUACUCCCACCCCAAUCCAAGCCCAGCAUCCAAGUCUGCCAGUGUCCUGAUGCUGCACAUUAACUAUGCGUGUUUUGUAUACUUGCCCUGUGUACUCUGUAUAUGCAACAACACCUCAGAGAUUCAUGCUGGUCUCUGUGGAGCCUCCCUUCACCACGGCAGGUCACAACUCCUCUAUCACUUAAUAGAUGAACUUUGAGUUGUUCUGAGUGAAAGACAUUACCUGGGGGCAGCUAGGUGGCACAGUGGAUAGAGCAUCAGCCCUGGAUUCAGGAGGACCUGAGUUCAAAUGUGACCCUCAGACACUUGACACUUACUAGCUGUGUGACCCUGGGCAGGUCACUUAACCCCAAUUGCCUCCUCCCCCCCCAAAAAAAAGAAAAGAAAAAAAAGAAAGACAUUACCUGGUGGCAAGUCUUUCUGAACUCAGGCUGGUCUUCCAAUGACAAGACACAGCCCACCAACAACAUUAUAUGCAAGGCCUUUUCAGCUUGGCUUUCAAAAGUCUGGUGAAGCAUUGGGCUAUUUUAAGGGAGGACCCUGUUUGAAAUUGUCUCUACCAGUACCUCCUUCUCAGGACCAAAAUUAUCCGUGUUGCCAACUUCCCUUAAUUCCUGACUCUUUAGAAGUAAAGGACUAGAAACUAAUUAGACAAAGAGAGACUGACUUCCUCCUGGGCAUGUUGAUGAUAGGCAGCUACAUGGUAUAAUAGAUGGAGAGUCAGGAAGACCUGAGCUUGAAUCCUGCCUCAGACACUUGCUAGUUAUGUGACCCUGGGAAAGUCACUUACCCUAUCAGCCUCAGUUUCUUUAUCUGUGAAAUGGAGAUAGUAAGAGCACCUACUUCACAGGGUUGUUUUAAUGACCAAAUGAGUUAACAUAUGUACAGUGACUUGCAAACUUGUUAUUAUUGUGUUUCUGUAGCAAAGAUAGCCUACCUUUGACAACUACCCACAGCCAUGGCAAAAUGUCAGAUGGAAACCAAAUGGAGCAGCCCUUGAGUGGUUUGGGUGGAGAUACCAUGGAGAUACAUGACUGUAGACUUAGACACAAGCCAUUAUAUUUUCAGAGUUACUUCUACCACUGAUUGAAUCCGGACUUUAACCAGAAAGGAAAAGUCCUCCAUCAAGGAUUAAUACCUGGGGCAGCUAGGUGGUGCAGUGGAUAGAACACUGGCCCUGGAUUCAGGAGGACCUGAGUUUAAAUCUGGCCUCAGACACUUGACACUUACUAGCUGUGUGACCCUGGGCAAGUCAUUUAGCCCCAAUUGCCUCACCAAAAAAAAAAAAAAAAAAAAAAAAGGAUUAAUACCUGAUCUUUUCUUAAUCUAACCAAGGGUGUCUUUCCUUAUAGGCCACAAUAGGGAAAUGGGAUUUUGCCCCCAAGUGUUGAUAUUUAAGAGGACAUGAUUGAUCCCUUGAGGGGUGCUCUUCCUCCCUAUGGCACCCACCAUCCCCAUGACUUUCCUCAAGGUCUUUUGGUGGUUUAUGGUUCAACUGCCCUUGGUCUCUGCCACCAAGAUUCAGCUCUUUCCCAGACUCCUCCCUUCUUCGAUCCCCAUGGAGGCAAUGGUCACACUCUCUAGGGGAUAGGCUGCCUCCUCCUGCUAUGACUAAACUUUCAUAGUCCUUUGUUCCAUACUAUUCCUUCCUACAACUGCAUCUGCCCCAGGUUCAAUUACAGUUAGUUAUGACUUUGCUCUGUGGUAUUAUUAUUACCCCAGGGUGUCUCUAUUUUAUUUUAUUUUAUUUUUUUGUGGGGCAAUGAGAGUUAAGUGACUUGCCCAAGGUCACAAAACUAGUAAGUGUCAAGUUUCUGAGGCCGGAUUUGAACUCAGGUCCUCCUGAAUCCAUGGCCGGUGCUUUAUCCACUGUUCCACCUAUCUGACACCUGUCUUGCUUUAUAAUGUGGAGUCAUAUUUUAUGUA